GUCACACUCAGGCGACGGAAGUUGCGUUGUUGAGUCGCAUCUAGGCAGACAUGGCUGGUCUGAUCAAGAAGACCACAGGCUUGGUUGGCCUUGCUGUCUCCAGCAAUCCACAUGAGCGUCUUCACGCUCUGUACACAAAGAUCCUGGGCUCUCUACAGACUAUGCCUCAGGAUGCUGCCUACCGGAAAUACACGGAGCAGCUGAUCACCGAGAGGUUCAACCACGUCAAAUCUGAGCCGGACGUGGAGAAGCUUGAAGAGAAGAUCAGCUGUGGACAGAUUGAGGAGGUCAUUUCACAGGCCGAGGCCGAGCUGGCUUUGUCCAGGAAGAUGAGCAAAUGGAAACCGUGGGAGCCUCUCGUAGAGGAAGCUCCGGCAAACCAGUGGAAAUGGCCCAUCUGAAGCCUCAUCAUGCUCGUGUACAUACAUUUAUAUUAAAUAAUAAAUCGGCGAACGUUGUCCAUUUAA